UGUCGGCUUUUAAAUUACGACUACAUGCGUUUGUGCCGUUUGUGUCUUGUUAGGCACAUGUACGAUAAUAUAUGCGUGCACAAAUAAUUCAACUAUGACGAUUAAUUAGCAUUUACAUCAAACUUACACAAAAAUAACGGCUUAAAUGCCAUUUUGCACGACUGUCUUGGAUUUAAGGCGUCUGGUGGCAGGACUCAAAGCUGCAACAACACCACCGAACCUCCUCUCCUCUCUCCAUCCUCUCUCUCACACACACACGCGCGCGUGCGCGCGUGCGAGAAAACCCAAAUUCCCGUCUCAUCCUCUGGCGUCUGCCAUCCAUCAUGACGAUCUCUGCAAGGCACUGAGAGCAGACAGAAGAUGCUGAUGUUGCACACGCUCCAUCACUUCAUCCUGGCUGGAGCAUGCCUGUGUGUGUGUGGAAGUCCAGUCCAGCAGGAUCCAGCAGCACGUGGCGGCGCACCAAAAACAUCCAAGUCAAGAGAUGGCAGCCAUGUGAGCGGCCUGGUUCUGGAGGUGGGCGCAGGCUCACGUGGACCAGCAUGGAGACAUGGGGGGGUAGCGGUGUUGCUGCAAAACAGGGACAGUCUCCAUGUGGAAUCUAGGCUGAGCACGUCUGACAUGAGGAGGGGGACGCAAGAAGCUGCAGGUACGGGAAGUUUAAAGAAGGGCAACCUGGAAGCUGUGCUAACUUCUCCAAGGACAAGGACGCCAAGAGACAAGGAGGACAGGCAGGAUGGUGACCAAGAUGCACAGACAAGGCAGAUAUCCUCCACUGAGCAUCCAAAUACAUCUUUUGGGAUACACAGUCCUGCCUCCUCCAGCACCAUUCCUCCAUCCACCUCCCCUCCGACCUUCACGCCUUUACCAUUGUGGGACAAUGAAGGAGCACUCAUGGCCACGCCACCAGAAGCACUCUUACCUGACAUUGAACCCAACAUGAUGCCCAAAGAGGAUGGCAUGGAGAGCCUUUGGACCGAGGCUGCCAGACCUGGUGGAGACACGGCAGCACCGCCGUCUCAGGACGACGCCACUGAGGGCACCAUGUCGUCCGAGUCCCUCCCUCUCAUCUUUGAGCCUCUGGAGGAAUCUGUGGAGGAUGGCGCCCCGCUUCCCACCGCUGCCAUGGCGACGGGAGGAGCGCCCCUGUCUGAGGCGGACCUGGAACUGCUGGUCACCUGGGAGACAGACAAGGGAGCCAGCCAAUUAGGCACCGUGCAGACGUCAGACUUUGCUGACAACGAGCAGGUUACCAUGACAACGCAUCCCACUGUGCACAAAUCCCAAUCAGGAUUAGACGAGAUGGAGUCUGAGGAGGAUCCGGAUGACGAGCAUUCCGAGGAAUCCGUGGAGGAGGAGGAGAGUGAAGAAGACCUGAUAGAGACCACUAAAACGUCCUUGACGCAGCCUCCGUACAGCCUCAUCCCUCCGCCGCCCAUCUGGGUCCAGCGCAACCAGGGCCUGAUGCGCAGCUGGGUGGCGCUAAUCAGAGAAAAGGCAGGUUACGUGUCGGGCAUGUUGGCCCCAGUGGGCAUCGGCAUCGCUGGGGCCCUGCUCAUUGUGGGCGCCCUCUACGGCGUCAGGAGGCUUCAGCGCAAGAGGAGGAACAGCUUCAAGCACCAGCGGAGGAAGGUCAGACAAGCAGAGCAACCUCGCGAGGUGGACACAAGCCGCCAGGAUCAGGCCAUGCUGCUGGCGGACAGCUCCGAGGACGAGUUCUGAUCCGGGUCCAAAGGCUGAGGCUGCCGCUGGAAGUCGACAUCAUCAUGACAACCGCAUCCAUCACUCUUGAGCUGUUUUGCUGUGACUCGUCGCAUAAACGGUGUGCAGAGUGAAUGAAGGAGUGCGCCCCCUAGUGCUCACUAGCUUUGGAGUCUGGCACUUUGACCCACUCAAACAGUGAUGUGCGAUACCACUGAUUUAGUUUGCGAUCCAAUACAAAGUAAAAUUCAGGCUGGUAUCAGCGAUACUGAUCCUAUACUUUGUACAAAUUCACCUAAUGUGUCUGGUAAAUUUUUAAAACUUUUGUAUUCCAUAUCAUAGCAUAAAGAAGACAUUACAUGAAUGUAUGAAUUACAUAAAUUAUGAAUAAAUAUGAAUUAAAAAUGUAAGUAAUUUAUUAUUAGUUUUUUUAAAAUAUAUGAAGUAUAUAAUAUAGCCAAGCUAAUAAGCAAUAGAAAAAAUGGAGGACAAAAUCAUAUAAUAUGUGAAAAUUGUAUUUUAACACAAUAAAAAGAGAAAAGUACAAUUAUAAAAACGUUAAAAUCACUGAUUAAUAAGUACUACUAUAAGAAUGAAAACAAUCAUCGUUUCAGCAGACAAACUUUACCUGAAAUGACUCAAGUAUCAAAAGAAUCGAUAUUUCAAUUUGAGAAUCAAUUUUAGAGCAUGAGGAGCUGUUAUGGGAAGUAUCGAUACUUCAGAAUCGAUCCGCACAUCACUACUAGUAAAUAAUGAGCAGGCUGUGUCACUAGCAAUCCAUACCGGAAACACAGUCGGUUCUAUGCACUGAUCUAAAAAAAGACUGGAUCGAGCUUCUAUUGUUUUAUUUUUGAAGCCAAUGGAAAUUUGCGGCGGCCAUCUUGGUGAGACCACUUUGCUGUGAGACAACAGUAUGGCAACGCACUGGUAAAACUUCGAUUGAUCGUAUAGCCACCAAAAUCAACUGCUAAAGGUUAUAACUACUCAGAUUUAUACGCUUUUGUGUCAUUUAUCAAGCUAGUAAGAUGUAUUUUAGCUUCGAGACGGACGAAAAAUUGGCUGUGUGGCAGCCUGCAAACAUUGUUUACGUACGGAAUUUAAAGUCUAUCUUUGUCUAAUUAUUUUCCUACGGUAAACCAUUAUUUUUUUAUCUCAGGAUAAGGUUAAGGCAGGAAGAAAGCAGAAAUUUUGUCACGUCUUCUACUUUUGCGUGAAUCAUGUGUGGUAUCAGAAUUAAUGUAACUGGGUAGUUGUGGUAGCUUUUAAAAAAGCUGUUUUUGGUACAAAAAGACAUUAGAUAAGUGCAAAUACUCAAAGCCUACUGUAAAAAACUGCAUAGAAAUAAUUUUAUCAUUGAUUGCUAGGCUAGGCACCAAAAAAAGGCCUAGUUGUUACAGGAAGGUGUAACGAGAAAAUUCUUGCAAAACCACCCAUCAAAGUUCAUACUUUAACUUUUGGUUACAUUUCGAGAACUUUUCAAAGCAAAGCCGUUCAAGUAGUGGCACAUAUAUCAGGUCAAAAAAAGGUGCCAAGUAAAAGUACUUACGAGUGGAAGGUUCUUGGGAAGUGCUUUUUAAGUUGUGUUUCCUCAUCCUCGCUUCCUUCACUGGCACUCCUGAUGUUUUUGAUGAUUUUUCACAAAUUCUGCGUUCGUAUACCAGCACAAUCACAAAGCUGUGGCACGUAAGGUGGUCUCACCAAGAUGGCGGCGAUCGAAAAAAUCUGGCUUCAAAUUUUGGCGCGUGAAAACAAUAGGUUGCUCGAUCCAGUCUUUUUUUUAGAUCAGUGGUUCUAUGCAUGUGCAGAAUGCGGCUACAACGGUCGGCAGUCACGUGUUAAGCACGCGUAAUCUAAGUCAUGCAUUUUAUGCGCUGAUCUGUACGAAAACAAUCUGGAUAGCCCAUUGGUCAAUGACUUGUGAAGCCAUGCAGCAGCCAUAUUGCCACGCACAAGAAACACUUCUCGGACAAUGCCUUAUGUGAGAACUUGUGAGUUAAGUCUGUUGUUAGUUUGUUACCCACUCACACUAAAUGCAAGGUUAGUCUUCAGUGGGGGUUUUUCUAAACGGAGAAAUAGCAUCCAUCCAAACAUAUCUUGCUAGCAAAUGCUUUUGUGUAUAGUUUUUCAGUGGCGAAAAAAAUUUAAAAUAAUUUAUGGAAUCAAGAAAAGAGGGCUUAUAAUUAAUAUCCACUUGCACCAAGGAUAUAAUAUAAGACAAAAAAAUGUUAUUUUGUAAUUUCUCAAAUCUUAACGUUAUUUGAGGGGGGGACGUAUAUUGCACAUUCGUAGUAGAAAUCUUGUUGCUUGACGUGUAUGCUCUGUAACUGCCAUAAAACCACUGAUCUGUACGAAAAAAAUCUGGAGAGAUCAUACCUCGCAUGCGCCCGUGCAAGCCGCUGACUCCACAGCGCACGCACGAGAGGCCAUCUUACCACUCACAUCUCGUACGUAGCAGACUACAUUGGCACAGCGUACACGGUGUACAAAGCAGAUGAAGAGGCUCGCACAACAUAAUUAAAAAGCGGGGAGAUUCUCCCAUUCCUUCAAGUAACGCAACCUUCGUCCCUUAAAAACCAUUUGAUACGUUAUUCUCUAUCUUUUGCUAUAUUAAAUGUACUUUUUCCCCUUCCAAUUCUCAUUGCCUUUGGGACAAAAGUCUACUGUGCACCCUGGCUCAGCACUCCCCUAUAGCAAUGAUAGUUUUACUCCUCUCGAAAGAGAUUUUCAUUUGAACUGCAUAUCCCAUCCCUUUUUUCCACUAAAAUCCAUGGUCAUGAUCCUUUACUUUCUAUUUUACUUUCAUACAAUUCACUAUGCUCUCGUCUGUACAAAAUAUGAAUCACAAAAUAGAGUGACUUUGGACAAGUUUUAAAGUCAUUUAACAUUUUGCUGAUUUUUUUUGUUUCGGGUACGGAUUGCGUAGCGAAAGGCUGUAAGCAGCGGGUAAAGCAAGAAAGGGCUGUCAAGAAAAUAAAAGGUGUAAAUAUAUUUGCUGUAAAUGUCUGUCAUACUAGUGUACAUACAAUUUCCUUUAUGUUAGACACUUGUAGGGAUCAGCAAAAUAGGUUUAUGUAACUAAAGCCAAUUAGCUUAGCCAAAUCCUUUCAAAAAUGGCACACAAGCAUGAAAAGAAGCUAACCAGACGUUAAAGGGUUAAUAGCAACAUCACCGUUUCUCGAAGUCAAAUUUCCCCCUGCUACUUCAGUCUUGUAUAGCGUGUAAAGCCCGUUAGCCUAGCUUAGCAAAAGCUGCAAGGGUUAGCCUAGGUCCUUUCCAAAAUGGCGUAUCACAAUUGCCGUCAUUUCAGAUGCUACCGUAGCAUAGAGCUCGUGUUUUAUUGUUAAGAUUUAAGAGCACUGUUACUUACCUAGUGAACAGAACCGGGCGAGCCGUUGACUUUCUCCCAUGAUGUGCUAACAGCGGUAGCUUCUUCAAAGCAGGGUGUUGUGGUGUCACAUACACCCUCAUUUAUCGCGGUUAAUUGGUUCCAGCCGCGUUGUAUGAAUUUCCACACUAUAUGAGACAAUGUUAUUAAAUUGACCAUUUUCGUAGUUAUAGCAUACACAACGUGUUUAUGACUUUCUAAAUACGUGUUUUAACAUUAUUGGAGCCCCGUAGCCACGAAAUUACACCAAUAGUCACUUUGACACUCCUAUUAUUGUAUCCUAUCACAUUGCUACGGGAUCGCAGGGACAUAAGACAUGCCCGCAGUAGCAUAGCAAGUUUACUGAGCUAACUAGUCAUAACAUUAGGUACUGAAGUCUGGUGACCACAAUACUACACAUAACUUAUCUUUCAUAAUUUUUUUGACUAAUAGUAGGCCAUAGUCAACCACAAAACAGCUAUCAUUCAUUAAUUAUAUUCGAACUGUGAUAUAGGGAUUGCUGUAGUUACUUUUGAGUAAAUUGUUUUGUUAU